AUGCUCUGGCGGCAGGACUUGAACUCAACAUGUGGCGGUGACCGGACCCACAUCAAUCAGGCAGGGCAAAGAAUACACAUUCGGACACGCGACUGCGUCCCGGAAACCGCCCGGACCGACCAUCAGCGCCGACGCCGACGCCGGGGCAGCAUAGUCCAAGGAUCCGACGAGGGUGCACGCACCAGCCCACGAGGCUACGGACGGACGAUGCUUGCAUAUGGUGUCGUGGCUGGGGAAGGUACUGAGACAUGCACGGCGGGCGCCGGCUCAUUGCUGCUCGAGUUCGCCACGCUCUUGCGACUAGUCGGCGUCCCGAUCUACGAGGUCCGUCCUACGCGUGAUCGCCUGGCUCAGGCCGGCGGACAGUACAACCUCAUCGAUUGCACACCCUCCUUCAAACGGGAUGUCUAUCAUCUCUCGCCAUCAGGUCAAACAUAUGCUCGCGUUCGACUUGGUCAAAUCCGACAGAUCGCGGGCUCAAUCCACCCCCAUCACCGCCAAGGGUACCUUAUCACCCCAACCACUAACGCUGCCGAAGAUCAGCCGGAUCAUGGGCUCAAUCCACGCCCAUCACCGCCAAGGGCCCAAGUUGAUUUCUCAUUAAGAUCAUGGAUUAUUUUGUCUUUUCCAAACACCGUUGGCCCCGGCCUAUCAUGGACAGAAAUCAUCCGCAAGUACCUCAAGCACAAUCCUGAUCAAGCUCGUAAGUGGCUCUUGGUCCAGCUCCCUCUGAAAGCUUCGAUUGGUCAGGAGGGCAAGCGUCGGCUGACCGAGGCCGUCAGUCCCCAGAAGGAUGUCAACGGCUUUCAUGCGUACAACCUUGGACUGCUCAGCUCCAGGGGCUCCGAGCCACUCUUUAACCCGUGCACCCCCGCCAGGGUCAUCAGAUUGAUCGACUCUACCGGCUUUCAACUCUCCUGUAAGCAUGCCGUCGUCUUGGGCCGGAGUGAUAUUGUUGGCACCCCAGUCUGCUCUCUUCUCCGUUGCAAAAAUGCCACCGUCACCCAGUGCCAUAGGUACACUCAGCACCUCCCGACAGUCUGGAAAAUAUGUAGGGGUUGUUGGGUAUGUCUAUCAUCUGUGAUCGAGUCCAAGCUGGCCAACCAGCUGAUUUUUUUACUGCACCCACACCCACAAACAGUAUUACACCUACUCCUCUAG